UUGGAUUAGUGAAACCUAUUUACCAGAAGUUCAGAGCGGUUGCAUGAAGCUGAAAGGCAGUCAGGAGGGAGAGGUGGAAAAUGCAUCAGAUUUACAGCUGCAGCGACGAAAAUUUAGAAGUUUUCACCACCGUGAUUUCAUCCAAAUCAUGUAGUCCUGCCCGAAGACGAGCCAAAAGUACGCAGCACAUCCUAACGAAGAGUGUGGUGGCCAUAUCCGAUCAUCGGCCCCACAGGCCAGAGAAGCUGCAGCCCCACCAGGGUGACCUCCUCCAGGUGCUGUACGGUGAAGACAAGGAGCGGGGCUCGGGCCACCUGCAGAGCGGGCAGCGGGGACCCAGCCCCACCAAGGGCACUGCCCAGCACGCGGGGAUUACUAAUCGAGAGUCAUCCAAAUCCUGCAAUCACCUGUUGGAUGGAAAAUCUUUGUUCCCACCAUCGCCGGUUGCUCGUAUCACAGCGAAAGGGGUGGCUGUCACAGACUCGCCCGCCGGCGACAGCACUUUGACGGAGGACCACCGGCAGCGCUGGAGGAAGACAACGGAGUACGACCUGACCCUGCCACCUGGAGCAGAAGCUUCCCUACCGCUGACGGGAGGCAACCUGUGCGGGACGCCCAGCCUCCUGAGGAAGAUGUGGAUGAAGCACAAGAAGAAGUCGGAGUACCUGGGAGCAACAAACAGUGCCUUUGAGGCGGACUGAUAAGGCUCAGCAUCGCUUGGAAAGACAGAAGGUCCUUUACCCAGGACAAGGUGCUCUAGGAUCACUGCGGGAACAGACACAGCACAGCUCAUCCAGGAAAACAAUAUCCUUUUUAUUACUUGAUGUUAUUGCCUCAGAAUGGUGGGAGAAAGGCUAGCUAAGGUAAAAAUGGUGACCGUGAUACAACUGACUGGCCUGCCUUUGUUGCGAUAGACUAAAAUCCCAAGUAUCCCACUAGAUUUACGUCUUGAUUCAAUGAAGCUGAAACUACUGCUGGCCCAUUCAACAUUUCACAUCUCCUGUCUGAAUCAGCUUGGACUCACAACAAGGAAAGCCUUCCAAGAGGUUUGGGUAUUCCUGCCAGGCAACAGACCGAUUACAGAGUGCCGUUAAAUCCCAGGGGUCUGCUCGUUGUGUACCACUGCUUGUCCUCUUCCCCCGCUCAUAUCAGGAGAUAAAAACCACAUCUUAUGAUAUGCUUGGUUGAACAACAUACGCUAAACAUUUUUUUCUUCGGUUUUGAUAUUUCAAGACAGGAGUAAAUGAUGCAAAAAUUUUAAAAGAACGGGGGAGUCAGAACUGAGCAAGUUUGCAAACACACGUUUACCCAGCUUUGCUAUGUGACGAGUGAUUGGUGUUUCAAAGUGUCCUGCCAGAUCAAACUAUGAGCAACUGGAUAACCUUAAGAGAUACUUUCUUCCAUAGAACCUGCUUAUAUGUUAACUCAUAGUCAGCAACUUACUCUCUACCUUUGCGGUACGGGAUAGUUCACUAGGUGCACAAAAAUACCAGGAGGAAAGAAAAUAUGUAAAUGGUGCAACGAGGUGACUAAACACGAGCUAUUUGCCUAUAGGAGACCUGUGCUUAUGAAUAGAUGGAUUUAAUGGAAUUUGCUCAUAAAUUUUUCUCAAAGUUUUUUUCAAUUUAGAACUUGCUGGUCAUGGCCCUUGGAUUUUCCUCUCUAAAAAAGAAAAAAAGCUUUACAAAAAAGGUUUCACCAGUGUUACAGACAAUAUUAUGUUAGUCAUGAAUGGUACUUGCCUCAUAUGAGUGCUCCCCUGGUUAUUAUAAAAUACUUUGGUUUGCCUAAAUACAGAACUUGGAAUAUAAAAUUGGAGGAAGUGUAUCUCCUGUUGCUCACAGUAAUGACGAUCUUGUCAAAUUUAACUGCCAUUGCUCCAAAGCAUAAAUGAAAAAUAAAGGUCUUACUCCACGACAGAAGCAGAGGAAAGAAGCUCUCAUCUGCAGCUCGCUCGCCUGCAGCCAGUGUAGUAAAACACAGUGAGAUGCCGUCAUAGUGCCAUGGUGCUGAGGCGAGGAGGCUCCAGAGCCAUAAAACCACCAAAGGUCUGAACCAUGUGUUGGCAGCGUUAACAGCAGUUACAGCUCCUUCCCCUCCUGCCACAACCACCUGGGCAACUUCUGCACCACGUACGUACCACAACGUACCUGCUGACUUCAUCCACUGCUUGUGUUUAGAUCAUCUUCUACCUGGACUUAGAAGAAAGCAUAUUUGGAAUUUCUUUUAUGGCAGAGGACUGAGGGAGCCUUGCAUUACAGCCUGCAGAGCCACAGGCUCAGGCAAUUGUCCCUGGUCAGGGUUCACCAGCUCAGAGGUACCAGGACACCCUCUGGGUGGGAGGGAAAGGCUGCUAAGGCAGCCAGGUCCUCUGGCUUUGGGGUGAGCGGGGUGGAGCAGCACACAGGAAACGUUCACAGCUUGACAACCUGAGCAACCAAUGUCCAUGGGAUGGGAAAGCAACUGGAGCAGCCUGAUAACUUUACAGAGCCCUGGUGACUCCAAGGAGGGCAACAGGGGACACAUCUGUGGGGCUUGACGUGCUGGAGAAGGCAGUAGGAUGGGGAAGGAAGUUCUCAUUUAAAAAGGUACUAUGGCUUUUCAUACAGCCAGAGACAACUCAGUCCAGAGUCUGCCAAGGAGGAGAGAGGCACUAACCCUUCAUAAAAUAUCUCUGUCAGCCCUUGUGUUCUGCUGUCCAUCACUGCUUCAGUCACAGGCUUCUCCUUCAGAGGUGCUCCACAUCUGAGAGAGGACAGCCUUGCAGCUAAAAAUCACACAGACUCUUCCCUCCUCCUUACCAAAGGCAAAAGUCCUUCUCUGGCCCAGCAGCCUGACAGAGGGAUGAUCUUCUCUCCUACUUUUCUUUCUUCCUCCUGGGAAAGAAGGAGAACACAUCUCCUCGUUAACCACACACUAAAAGGCCCCAGCUGCUGGCAGGGCAAGGAGAAGAGGCGAUGGUGGCCCAGUAUUGACCAUGUGUCACCAGCCACAGCGUGCGAGAGCAGUGCUGAUGCCCACUGAAGGCUGCACCCCUGAACAGCACCAGAGCAGUUUUCUCACAGGGGUCCACCCCACCUUUAAAUGAGACCCUGACGCAUUGUCCCUCUGUAGUAAUCCAGACACCGCGACCUUGGCAGCAUCAGGUCCUCCAUGACUGAACCAAGAUGGAGCCAUGGCCAAGAUUUCCCUGAAACGCCUUUUGUAAAUAUCACUGACCACACUGCAUCCCCUCCCCAGCCCAUAGAAAUCCCGCCAGAAGGUAAACCUGGCAAAUUCAGGGGGACCACUCUCCUCCACAGCGAUGCAUACAGUCAAGGAGUAGGGAGAAUAAUAAUCACCAGUUCCCUUUUUUGGUCUCAUUCCCUAAGCAAAGCAAAAAUAAGAAGAUGGACAGACACUGGGAAAAGUCCAUUUGCUGCAUUUGGGGUAAUUAAGACAGCGAGCACUUGUGGUACCUGACCUUGUAGCUAACGUGACCUGUAGAGCACCCAACACACAGUUCCAGGGCAGCAAGUUUUGUCUGUGAGAAAGCUGUAUUGUAGUAUUUCAUUUGUUAAUUAAUAGCUUUAAGCAGUAUAAGGAUGGAGGUGAAGAGGAGAUGAUUCAUGUUUCUACCUAAUAAUUGCUGUAUCUUGAAAUGUGUAUUUAUGGUUUUCUUAUUUAUUUAAUUUAUAAUUUGGAUCUACAAGAGAAGGAGAGAUUUACAGGAAGCACAUUUAAUUUCUCUGUAUU